AGCUGUGACAUCAUCACGCUGCGUGCACGUCAACCACGCCCCCAUUCCAAACGAAAGGGACAUGCGCGUGUCCUGCUGCUCCGGUGUCUGUAUGUGUUGAUAGCGGCUUCUGCUUCCACACGUGCAGUUAUUCAUCUAUGUGAAUCGCUGUAUUUCACUCUCAGUCAGUGUCGUAAUCCCGCUGUCACUAAAGGCACAGAGCCAUAAAAUCAGAAUCAUGGGGGCUUAUCUCUCUCAACCCAACACGAACAAGACUUCUUCAGAUGGCGGCAACGACACCAUGAGCUUCGGCUUUUCUGCCAUGCAAGGAUGGCGUGUUUCCAUGGAGGAUUCUCACAAUUGCAACCCAGAUUUUGACGAAGACACUGCCAUGUUUUCAGUCUAUGAUGGACAUGGAGGAGAGGAAGUUGCCCUGUACUGUUCAAAGUACCUUCCUGACAUCAUCAAGGAGCAGAAGACUUAUAAAGAUGGAAAGCUGCAAAAGGCGCUGGAGGACGCCUUCUUGGCCAUUGAUAGCCGAAUGACCACUGAGGACGUCAUCAAGGAGCUGACUCAAAUAGCUGGACGGCCGACAGACGAUGGUCCUGCAGAAAAGGUGGCAGAUGAAGAUGAUUUGGACACAGAAGAAGCUGCUUUGCUCCACGAAGAGGCCACCAUGACUAUUGAAGAGCUUCUGGUGCGCUACGGCCAAAACCGCAACGCUGCUGCUAAGAAAGCAUCAGGAGAAAAGUCUGGGUCGGAUGCUGACGGACCAAAAGGAGACGGGGUGAAUGGCGAGGUGGCUGAGGAGUCAAACGGGAAGAUGAAGGAAGUCGUGUCGAGCGGCUCUAAACUCACGCAAUGUCCACGAGCAGCAGGCGCUGCUGUACCUGAUGCAGACACUGGGGAAUCUGGAAGUUCCAAUGGAGAAGAAAAACCCGGAAAAGCAGGAGUAGACGCUGGUCCUUCCUGCUCCUCCUCGUCUGCUAAGGCUGCAGGUGAUACCAAGUCCAGAUUUUUCGAUGACAGCGAGUCCGAGGGGGAGGAGGAAAAUGAAGGCAGUGAUACAGAGGACAGCACUGAAGAAGAAGAAGAUGACAGCAGUGAGACGGAAGAGGAAGAAGAUACUGAGGAGGGGGAAGACUCUGAGGAUGAAGAUGAGGAGGGGAUGUGUCUCCCUGGAAUGGAUGGCAAGGAGGAGCCUGGUUCCGACAGCGGCACCACUGCAGUAGUAGCUCUGAUCAGAGGGAAGCAGCUGAUCGUGGCUAACGCUGGAGACUCUCGCUGUGUGGUGUCAGAGAAAGGCAAAGCUGUCGACAUGUCCUACGAUCACAAACCCGAAGACGAGGUGGAGCUGACACGGAUUAAAAACGCAGGAGGGAAAGUGACCAUGGACGGAAGAGUCAACGGGGGAUUGAACCUUUCCAGAGCCAUUGGUGACCACAUCUACAAGAGAAACAAGACUCUCCCGCCAGAAGAGCAGAUGAUCUCAGCCAUGCCGGACGUCAAAGUGCUCACGCUCAACGAUGAUCAUGACUUCAUGGUCAUUGCUUGUGAUGGGAUCUGGAAUGUUCUUAGCAGUCAGGAGGUGAUCGACUUCAUCAGCGAGAGGAUCAAGCCUGACCAGAGUGGCCACACCAGAGCUCUUUCCAACAUAGUGGAAGAGCUCCUGGACCACUGUCUUGCCCCCGACACGUCUGGAGACGGAACCGGAUGUGACAAUAUGACUUGCAUCAUCGUGACCUUCAGGCCACACAAGGCGUCCGCUCAAGGUCAGACAACAGAAGACUGCGAUGACACAAAGAAGAGAAAGCUUCAGGAGGAGGCAGGAGUGGAGCUGGAGAACGGCAACGACAGCAAAAAGGCCAAAAGUGACUAAAACGUAGCAGAGCAGCAGGAUCCUGACUAGACUGAGACACACCACCAAUGCUUUUUGUUAGUUCACACCAACCACCAGAGAGAACAUGAACUCCAUCACCAGCAGAGAUGAGAUCAGCUGUCAAGUCACUUGGUGGUCCCUCACACUUCUUAGUUCUGAACCUCAAACUGACUUUGAACUACGUUUGCAGACGGUCGAAGUCAUCAAGCACAUCUUUUAAAAAACUCCUGCUUCACUGAGAGAUAAGCCCCGACUCUUUCUUCAUAAACUCUCAGUCAUUGGCUGAACUUUUCAUCUACAGUUGGUCAGUGUCACACUAUGAUUUUUGUGGUCGUGUCCGGUCGACACGUUUCUUGUCAGAUCAUUUGUGUCCUUGGUGAUUUAGAAAUGCACUCUUGUCUCUCUCUCAUGUCGGGUUAGCGCUGCGCAGAAUGUGUCGGGCUCGUCUUUAGGACGUCGUCUGUCGGAUGUUCCGUCACAUACUGACUUUUCUUUUUUGUCGUACACAAAACACUUCAUUCCUCCAUCGAGAUGAAUUUUGCUGUUGAAGUCCAGAUGAAAGAAAACACAAGUCUUCACCUUUUAUCACGUCCACCUCUGAAUAUAUCUAUUUUUUUGGAAAUGUGUCCUGAUGCUGGACUGGAUCAGAUGCACCAAUCUUUUCAGGUGGAUGUAUUGUCUCGACUGUUAACAGUUUAUUUUUAAAUCCCCACUUUGCUCAAUGGAGUCAUCUAGUGAGUGUGACUUUAUUUCAUGUGUACGUUCUCCUCACCCUUUUUUCUGUACAUAGACUUUUCAGUGCUUGUGAAGACUGUUGUGUUAUUGUAUGUCAGUGUAACAUUUUUGGUGCAUUCUCUUUGGUCA